UAUAAACAUGAUAUUAUGUGCACGUGAUAUCUUUCGAUUUUGCAACAGCAAGUAAGAAAUAUUUCUGUUGCGGAGUAGUGGCAUAUCGUUUAUAUUCAUAUGUUGCAAAUUAUUUCUUGAAAUUUAUUAAAAUAGUAACAAAUGGCGUUAGACUUACGGGAGGGUAUUCUAUUAGGUAUGGGUAAUCCUCUUCUUGAUAUCUCAGCAACUGUAGAUAGCAAUUUUUUAAAAAAAUAUGAUUUAAAUGCAAAUGAUGCAAUUCUUGCUGAAGAAAAACACAAACCCAUGUACGAUGAAUUAAUUGAAUUGUAUAAAGCAGAUUUUAUUGCUGGUGGUUCUGUACAAAAUACUAUGCGAGUAGCACAAUGGUUCCUGGGGAAACCAAAUAUUGCAACUUACAUGGGUUGUGUUGGGAUGGAUAAGUACUCAAAAAUUUUAGAGGAUAGAGCACGUGCAGAUGGCUUAAAUGUUCGUUAUCAAUAUACACAAAAAGAACCUACCGGUACUUGUGCAGUUCUUAUUACAGGAAAUGAACGUUCCUUGUGUGCCAAUUUGGCUGCAGCUACAUGUUUUUCACUUUCACACAUAGAAGAAACUGAAAAUAAAAAUCUUAUUGAAAUUGCUGAAUAUAUUUAUGUUUCUGGUUUUUUCUUAACUGUAAGCCCAGAAACAAUUCAAGUAAUUGCUAAACAUGCUUUUGAAAAAAAUAAAAUUUUUAUAAUGAAUCUUAGUGCACCAUUUUUAUGCGAAUAUUAUAAAAAACCAAUGUUGGCAGCUCUUCCUUAUGUUGAUAUCUUAUUUGGUAAUGAGGUGGAAGCUGAUGCAUUUGCAAAAGCAAAUGAUUUUCAAACUACAAAUAGAAAGGAAAUUGCUUUAAAAUUAUCGCAAAUGGAAAAGAUUAAUAGAAAAAGGCAAAGAAUUGUUAUAAUAACCCAAGGUCCUGACAAUAUAUUAGUUGUAAAAGAUAAUAUUAUAAUGGAAUUUGCCGCUAUGAGACUUCCAGAAGAGAAAGUUGUAGAUACUAAUGGAGCAGGUGAUGCAUUUGUUGGAGGUUUUUUAGCUCAAUUUGUUCAAGGUAGAAGUAUAGAAGUUUGUGUGAGAUGUGGAAUUUGGGCUGCAACUCAAAUUUUACAGAGAUCUGGAUGUACUUACGAAGGGAAACCUAAUUUUACUCCUUGACAAUGCUUAAAUCGAUUAGUUAAUUAUAAAUUCUGUACUUAUACACACAUACACACAUAUAUAUGGGUGUGUGCUUGUUUGUUUGUUUGUUUGUUUAUGUAUAUAUAUAUAAUUUAUAUAAUAUAUAUAUAAUUAUACAAUCAAAAUGUAUAAUAUGUAUAUAUGUAUUUAUAUAUACAUAUAAUAAUAUGUAUAUGUAUAUAUGUAUAUAUAUAUGUAUAAUAAAUAUUUUAUCAACUUUUUUA